CUUCGGUCUGUUUUCAGUAGUCGGAGAGGAAGAAAAAUGGCGGCUGCGACCGAUCAGAAGCGGGACGCCAGCCAUUCGUUUUGAGCUUUCUCACGUAAACCGAGACCGGGGCUUUACGGGACUACUUCUUUGGAAUCUACGCAAAUCAAGCUUUCUGGCGGUACCCGUUUUUCUUGUUUCUGUGAAGGCUAAAUAAACGCAGAAAUUGAAAUUGAAAAUAAUAGCUUUUAUAUAUAAUGAGGGGGAAAAGAGGCAGGCCGCCCAAAACCCUGCGGAUGCAGGAGCCUUCAUCCGAGCCGGAGCGUGGCUUGAGACCCAGGAGGGAGUUGAGGGCAAAGGGGAGAGGUAGUGCCGAGGUCGAUUUUGAGAGUCCCAAGAGGGGAAAUAACUCUUCGUCUAGGGGCAGGAGGAAAGUGGGAUCAUCUCGCGGUAGGGGAAGAGGCAGAGGUUGUGGUGGCAGAGGUACUAGGGGCAGACGGUCAAUCGCUAGAUCUGUGGUUUAUGAUGAUCAUGAAAGUGAGGAAGAUGAUGAUGCUGUGAGUUUGAGAUCUGAGGAGGACGAGUUGAUAGAGGAAGAGACGAUAACAGACGAGGAAGAAGAGGCCCUCAACGAGGAGUCAGACCCGCUUGAGGAAAUACUCGAGGAGGAUGAUGAUGAUGCCAGCUACUGUACUGAAAGCAGCUUUCGGAGUCAGAGCACUCAUGGCAGCACUCCGGGGCGGAAGAGGACGCGGGUGCACUGCCCUCGCUCGCCCAUCUUUGAGGAAAAGGAGAUCCCUCCUCUGGAGCUGCCCAGAACCUCUGAGGAUCUCAUGGUGCCCAGCGAGGAACUGCUCAACGUGUCCUCCAUCUACGAGGUCCUGCGCAACUUCAGCACAGUUCUGCGGCUCUCUCCCUUCCGCUUUGAGAACUUCUGUGCUGCGCUGGUAGGCCAGGAGCAGUGCACGCUGAUGGCAGAGACCCACACAGCCCUACUGAAGGCCAUCCUGCGUGAGGAGGACACCUCCAACACCACGUUCGGUCCUGCUGACCUCAAGGACAGCGUCAACUCCACCCUCUACUUCAUUGAUGGUAUGACGUGGCCCGAAGUGGUCCGUGCCUACUGCGAGAGCGACCAGGAGUACCACCAUGUCCUGCCCUACCAGGAGGUGGAGGACUACCCCUAUGGCCCUCUGGACAGUAAGAUCAAGGUGCUGCAGUUCUUGGUGGAUCAGUUCCUCACCACCAAUAUCGCCCGCGAGGAGUUGAUGUCAGAGGGGGUGGUGCAGUAUGAUGACCACUGCAGGGUGUGCCACAGGUUGGGAGACCUGUUGUGCUGUGAGACCUGCUCUGCUGUCUACCACCUGGAGUGUGUGAAGCCGCCGCUGGUAGAGGUGCCGGAGGACGAAUGGCAGUGUGAGAUCUGCGUGGCACACAAGGUGCCCGGGGUCACAGACUGUGUGACAGAGAUGCAGAAGAGCAAACCCUACAUCCGCCAGGAGCCCAUCGGCUACGACCGCCACCGGAGGCAAUACUGGUUCCUAAACCGAAGGAUAAUUGUUGAGGAAGACGGGGAGCAUGAUAAGAAGAAGAUCUGGUACUACAGCACAAAGGUCCAGCUGGGAGAGCUGAUAGAGUGUCUAGACAAGGAGUACUGGGAAAACGACCUGUGUGCCGUCCUCGAAGAGAUGAGAGAGGAGGUGCACACUCACAUGGACAUCACUGAGGACCUCACCAACAAGGCCCGCGGCACCAACAAGGCCUUCCUCACGGCAGCCAACGAUGAGAUCCUGGAGCGUGUGCAGGGCAGGCAGGAACGCCGAGCAUCAGAGCAGGCAGAGAAGGCCACUACAGACACCACCAAGAUAGAGGAAGAGACCCCCACACACUGCUCUCCACUAUCAGACCACAGAGAGCUUCAAGACUCAGAGUCUAAAGAGGAGGCAAGCUCACAAGAGGAUAAGCCUGUAGACUCCGAGUCCCAUGGAGAGGAGGACCCCUCUGCCCAGUGCCAGCCUACUCCCCCACCACCACACCCUGGAGACGAGAACAGCAACAGCAGCCACGUCUCAGCGCCUGGGGUCCUCAGGAGGCCUGAAGAGCCAAACCUCGCUGACAGGUCCUCUCAGUCCUCCAUCACCAGCCAGGACGACACGGUUGAAGGCAAGGAGAUUGGGAAUGGUGAGGGGUCAGCGUCUGGAUGGACUAACAAUCGCAUAGUGACUCGUCUGCGUAACCCGGAGAGUAAGCUGAGCCAGCAAAAGACCCAGGGAGAUGGCAGCCCUACACCCAGGGACAGCAAGGAGACAUCUCCUGCCAGCUCUGAGAGUGAAGUGGCUCGUCUGGGUACUGUGAGGAAAGACUUGACGGUGAAGGGCAACCUGAACAACUUCUUCAAGCUGGGCCAGGAGGGCAAGUUCCGAGUCUACCACAACCAGUUCAGCACCAACACACUGGGCCUCAACAAGCACCAGCAUCGUGAGGACCACGACAAGCGCCGCCACCUUUCCCAUAAGUUCAGCCUAACCCCCGCCGGGGAUUUCAAGUGGAACGGCUCCAUCCACGGAUCCAAGGUGCUGACCAUCUCCACCCUGCGGCUCACCAUCAUCCAGCUGGAGACCAAUGUCCCCGCCCCCUUCCUGCACCCAAACUGGGCCUCGCACAGGACAAACUGGAUUAAAGCGGUGCAGAUGUGCAGUAAGGCUCGGGAGUUUGCCUUGGCGCUGGCCAUCAUGGAGUGUGCCAUCAAACCAGUGGUCAUGCUGCCUGUCUGGAAAGAUGCGCUUGGACACACCAGGCUCCAUCGCAUGACCUCCAUGGAGCGGGAGGAGAAAGAGAAGGGGAAAAAGAGAGAGAAAAAACUGGAGGACGAGGAGACUAUGCAGCAGGCCACCUGGGUGAAGUACACCAUCCCCAUCAAACACCAGGUGUGGAAGCAGAAGGGGGAGGAGUACAGAGUAACUGGGUACGGGGGCUGGAGCUGGGUCAGUAAGACUCACGUCCAUCGCUUUGUUCCCAGGCUACCAGGGAACACCAACGUCAACUACCGCAAAGCACUCGAAGCAGCUAAAACUGGCAAAGAAAAUGCAACAUCCUGCCCGAACAAACGAAAAUGUUUGCCCAAAGCACCAACGAGCUCGGAAACCCAGGCAAAAGAAGAGUCUACUCCAAUUACUGAAGAAAAAGACCAGGAGGAAACCUCCACCAUGGAGUCAUCUGGGAGCACUUCACCAGGAGAGGGGCAGACUCUGAAAGAGAAGGAAGAGAAAAAUAUCACAGACGUGGAGGAGAAGAAAGAUGAUCAGGUGGAGGAGAAGACUGAGGACAAGAUGGAUGCUGACCCCAGUCCACCAGACACCUGUCUCAGUGAGGAAAAAGGUAUAGUGGACAGCAAAUGCCCCUCGUCACUGACUGACCCUGCUGUGAAGGAGGAGCCCGGGGAGGAAGAAGAACCUAAGCAGGAGGACUCUGAGGCCAAGCCACCUGUCCGCCUCUUCAACUGGGAUGUGGUGAACGUCAGCGAGGGCUUCCAGCUCCGUACGGCCUACAAGAAGAAGGUGAAGACGUCCAAGCUCGACGGGCUGCUGGAGCGCAGAGUGAAACAGUUCACCCUGGAGGAGAAGCAGAGGCUAGAGCGCCUCAAACAGCAGUCAGCCCUGGCCAAACACACAGUCUCCAAGGAGAAAGUUAACACAGGGACUCCCACCAUGAAGGCUUCUACAACAGACAAGUUAGCAGUGACACCAUGCACAAGUCUGAAAGCUGAGGGACAAGCAGACUCAGUAGUUAAAGACACAAUUGUUAAAAGGCUCGACUUUGACCAGGAGCAGCCAGUGAAAUCCCAGCCCUCAGGAGAGACAGAUAAUCUGGACGUCAGAUUAGGCUCCACCUGUAAACCCCAGGCAGCAGGAGCCACAGGCCCAAACCUCAACACCACAGGGUUGGCCAACCAUGAGAGCAGCAUUCAGGGACAUGGUGGGGAUGCGUUAUCUCAAACAGAGCUGAAUGGAGGCUCCCAGAAAAGCAUAGACCUCAACAACAAAGUCAAUUUGACAUCUCUAGAACCGGCUUUAGGUGCGGCCAAACCUCCCAGAGCAGAAGUGACGAUAGCAGGAGAAAACGGUAGGAAGCAUGGUUAUGAGGAGACAGAGCAAGGUAAUGGACAGAGGGAGAUAGAAAGCAAACCACAUUUAGUGCAGGUGAACGGGAAAGACGCUGUUGACACCAAGGCUCCUGUAGACUCAAAGAUGCACUCAGACCUGGCCAACAAAGUGGACACAAAGGUCAUGCUCCAGACGUUAGAGGGUGAGAUCAAAACACUGCCAGUGAAGGAGCCUGUAAAAUCCAUUAUGAACGGUACUCUCUCUCAGGACGGGUUAAAGGUCAACAACACUGUGUUAGCCACCAGCCCAGCCUCGGCGGAUGUAGAGAGAAGGGUUGUGGUGUCCGAGCCUGACUAUCUGCCACCUCAGAAGGUUGCCAGACUGGAGAAUAAUGGCGACAGGGUGGCAGACUCCGUCACGUCGUCACUGUUAGGGCCCCCCAUUGGUGUUCCCACGGUAAGCAACAGCACCAAGUCUGAGCCAAUGGAGAUUGGGCAGACGGCAUCCAAUAAGAUCACCCCGUUUCCUAUCCCCACUGCAGAGGAGUCCAGCUUGAGUAACAACACCACAGUGAACAGCAGUAGCAGUACUGGGGUGCUGAAGACCAUCACCCAAGUCACCACAACCACUACUACCACCAUGUCAACAGAGUCUCGCACGGUGCAGAUAGCCGAGGUCUCCAGCAGCACUAAGCCUGCAGUGACACCUGCUGCAGAGAGCUGUGCUGUAUCCACCCUCACCACCAUGACCAAGACCACCGUCACCAGGGUCAGCUCCCCGACCCUCGGGGCCACUGUCUCUGAGGGGACCAAGACUGUUGUCACUGCAAUGUUGAUAGAUGCCAAAUCUGGCCCCUCAGGCUCUUCAGUCACCUCCAUGACAGUCAGUAAGGAGUACUCCACCAGAGACCGUGUCCGGCUGCUAAAGUUCUCCCGCUCCAAGAAGACCCGCUCUGGCACGGCCCUCCCCUCCUACCGCAAGUUUGUCACCAAGAGUAGCAAGAAGAGCAUCUUUGUACUGCCUAAUGAUGACCUGAAGAAGCUGGCGAGGAGAGGGGGUAUCAGAGAGGUACCUAUCUUCAACUACAACGCCAAACCAGCUCUGGACAUCUGGCCCUAUCCCUCCCCCAGACCCACCUUUGGAAUCACGUGGAGAUACCGUCUCCAGACUGUGAAGUCUCUGGCGGGGGUCAGUCUGAUGCUGCGGCUGCUCUGGGCCUGCCUGAGGUGGGAUGACAUGGCUGUCAAGCCCUCCCCUGCUGUAGGAACCACCCGCACAGAAUCCUCGGAGACGGCGAUCACCACAACAGAGAUCAUCAAGCGGCGAGAUGUGGGGCCGCACGGCAUCCGGUCUGAAUAUUGCAUCAGGAAGAUCAUCUGCCCAAUUGGCGUUACCGAAGCUCCCAAAGAAACUCCCACUCCCCAGAGGAAAGGCCUGCGCUCCAGCGCUCUGAGGCCAAAGAAGCCUGAGCCGGCCAAGCAGACUGGACCCAUCAUCUUAGAGACGUGGGUGGCCGAGGAGGAGCUGGAGAUCUGGGAGAUCAGAGCCUUUUCAGAAAGGGUAGAGAGGGAGAAGGCCCAGGCUGCAGACCAGGCUAAGAAACGGUUGGAGCAACAGAAGCCUGGUGCCACCACCUCCACCCCCACCAGCACCCCUACAACCUCAGCAUCUGGCACUCCGGCAUCCCUGACCAGCCAGGUCACCCCAGGGACUAAACUGGUCCUGGCCACUAAGCUGGGGACACCUGUCACAUUCCAGCAGAACAAGAACUUCCAUCAGUCGUUUGCUUCCUGGGUCAAGCAGGGCCAGGGUAGUCCAGGUAUGGUGCAAGUCCAGCAGAAUGUCCUGGGCAUAAUUCCAUCCAGUACCCCAGGCAACCAGCGGACCUACUCCUCAUUCCAGAACCGCAACGCCACCAUCAACAUCAGACCCAACACCUCCACCUCAACCACCACUCAACCGGUCAUUGCCACCGGAGCCCAGAUCCGUCCGGGCAUGUCGGUGAUCCGAUCGCCCCUGCAGCAGGGCACCACCAUGGGCAAAACCAUCAUCAGAACCCCCUUGAUGAUGCAACAAGGUAUUCUACCAGCCAGCCAGCAGCAGGUGGUGACUCAGAUCAUCCGGGGCCAACCUGUCUCCACAGCAGUCUCCAGUGCCAGCCCUGUGCAGACCAGCGCAGGCCAGAGGAUGCUGGGUGCUGCCCCGUCCCCCCAUCCUGUCACCCCUGCCCCCGGGCAGUCCCCAUCACCAUCCACCCCCCAAGGCGGCCGACCACAGCAGGGCCAGGUCAAACUCACCCUGGCACAACUCACCCAGCUAACGCAGGGGGCACAGGGAGGGAACCAGGGUCUCACAGUAGUAAUCCAGGGACAGGGACAGACCACAGGCCAGCUGCAGGUCAUCCCCCAGGGGGUGACAGUCAUCCCAGGCCCUGGGCAGCAGCUCAUGCAGGCUGCCAUGCCCAACGGCCAGGUGCAGCGCUUCCUCUUCACCCCAGGGGCAUCAGCCCCCACCCCCGCAACCACGGCCAGUGCUGCUGUCACCCCCGUCACAGCCCCCACAACAACACCCUCAGUGCCAGCGCUGUCUCAGCCUCCGGUUCAGGCUCCCGCCACCUCUCAAGCACCGGCACCACCAGUCCAGCCUCCUCAACAGGCUAUCGCUCCUGUCCAGCCCCCUCAACAGGCUAUCGCUCCUGUCCAGCCCCCUCAAAAGGCUAUCGCACCUGUCCAGCCCCCUCAACAGGCUAUCGCUCCUGUCCAGCCCCCUCAACAGGCUAUCGCUCCUGUCCAGCCCCCUCAACAGGCUAUCGCUCCUGUCCAGCCCCCUCAACAGGCUAUCGCUCCUGUCCAGCCCCCUCAACAGGCUAUCGCUCCUGUCCAGCCCCCUCAACAGGUUAUCGCUCCUGUCCAGCCCCCUCAACAGGUUAUCGCUCCUGUCCAGCCCCCUCAACAGGCUGUCGCUCCUGUCCAGCCCCCUCAACAGCCUAUCGCUCCUGUCCAGCCUCCUGCCCUUGCUCCUGCCCCCCUCCAGUGUUCCCGCACUGCAUUACCCAUCCAGCAGAUAGCCCAGAUCCCAACCUCUCCACAACAGGUCCAUAUGAAGACACUCUCGGUCUCCCCCUCUAUCACCCAGGCCACAGUGAGGCCCAUCCAGGCCCAUGCUCAACUCCAGCCCCAGGUUACGGCUCAGAUCAGGCCCCAGCAGCAGCUGCAGCUCCACCACCAACACCAGCUGAUCACAGUGCCGGGGCUGCAGCAGCAGGUCCAGGUGCUGGGCACCAUCCAGACCCACGUGGCGGCCCAGCUCCAGGCCCAGCAGGGUGGAGCGGUGCCCCAGCAGAUCAAGCUGCAGCUGCCUAUCCAGAUCCAGCAGGCAGGAGGCCAGAUGCAGGCCCACCAGAUCCAGAACGUGGUGACCAUCCAGACAGCCAGUGUGCAGGACCACCUGCAGAGGAUCCAGCAGCUCAGAGAGCAGCAGCAGAAGAAGAAGCAGCAGGAGGCCAAAAGGGAGCAGAGCCUGCAGGCUUCCAGUCCCAGCGACAUCAUCCAGAAACAGGUGGUGAUGAAGCAGAAUGCUGUGAUAGAAAAUCUGAAACAGAGGAAGACCAUGACUCCAGCGGAGCGGGAGGAGAACCAGAGAAUAAUCGUCUGCAACCAGGUUAUGAAGUUCAUCCUGGACAAGAUCGACAAGGACGAGAAGCAGGCGGCUAAGAAGAGGAAGAAGGAGGAGUCUGUGGAGCAGAAACGCAGCAAGCAGAAUGCCACCAAGCUCUCGGCUCUGCUCUUCAAGCACAAAGAGCAGCUCAAGGCUGAGAUCCUGAAGAAGAGGGCUCUACUGGACAAGGAGCUGCAGCUAGAGGUUCAGGAGGAGCUGAGGAGGGACAUCAGCAGGCUGAGGAAGGAGAAGGAGAAGGCCCAAGCUGCAGCCUCUCAGGCAGCCGCUGCUGUAGCCGCAGCCCAGGUGGUCUCAUCCCUCUCCCCCACCAUGGCUUCGCUCUCCUCCACCCACAAACGCAAGAGGGACGACGAGAGGGACUCGUCCUCCGCCAAGCCCAAGAAGAAGAAGAUGAUAUCCACUACCUCAAAGGAUCACAAGAAGGAAGUCAAGCUGUACUGUGUCUGUAAAACACCCUAUGACGAGGCCAAGUUCUACAUUGGGUGCGACCUGUGCUCCAACUGGUUCCACGGUGCGUGUGUGGGCAUCACGGAGAAGGAGGCCAAGAAGAUGGACGACUAUGUCUGUAAUGGCUGCAAGCAGGGACAGGACUCGGAGGGCACCAGGGAGGAGCUGUACUGCAUCUGCCGGACGCCAUAUGAUGAAACACAGUUUUACAUUGGCUGCGACCGUUGCCAGAACUGGUACCACGGGCGCUGUGUGGGCAUUCUGCAGAGCGAGGCCACCCACAUAGACGAGUACGUGUGCCCGCAGUGUCAAUCCACGGAGGACGCCAUGACGGUCCUCACACCAUUAACCGACAAGGACUACGAGGGUUUAAGAAGAAUCCUGCGCUCCUUACAGGCUCACAAAAUGGCGUGGCCAUUCCUUGAACCAGUAGAUCCCAACGAUGCUCCUGAUUAUUAUGGCGUUAUAAAGGAACCGAUGGACCUCUCCACAAUGGAAGACAAAUUACAGAAACGGUAUUACAACAAGCUCACUGAGUUUGUGGCGGACAUGACCAAAGUCUUUGACAACUGCCGCUACUACAACCCCAACGACUCCCCCUUCUUUCAGUGUGCCGAAGUUCUCGAGUCAUUCUUUGUACAGAAGCUCAAAGGUUUCAAAGCUAGCAGGUCUCAUAACAACAAACUACAGACUUCGACCUCUUAGUAUAUACCACAUAUUUGAACAACAAAAAAAUGCACUCUGCGAGAAUUGGGGAUCAAUUCUGAACAAUUAAUCCAUGUUGGGACCUGGCUCCUGUGCUUUGUGACUUCCACUCCUCUCCCUCCUUCUGGCCCCACUACGCAGCCCCCAAAGGAAGACUCUCCCUGUAAGACCAGCAGCGCUGCUCCCACACAACUGUCAGGUGGAGCUGCUGCCUGCCCACCUCUGCCACAUGGACAUUUGACAAGGGGUUAAAAUGGAGGGUUUGAAUAAAGGCAUUUCUGAAAAAGGUUACCUUGAAGAAAAAACUUUCUUUGGAGAUCUCACGUUUCCUUGUUCCUUCUUUAUUUGAUUCUUUGAUACCCCAUCUAGCCAGUUGAAGAAAUUAAGAAAAGCUUACGCUUCCAUGGCCAUGCCCAUAACAAAAAAACAUUUGAUGCCUUUUUGAACGUUGAAAAAUGUUGAGCUGAGUUGCACUCAGUGUAUCAGAUUGCACAGUGCACUUAUGUGUGUCUCCCCUUUCAAUCACUUUAUUAGAGGUGGUGUGAAAGAUCUCAUUGGGAAGUACUUGCUUGAUUUUGGACCUUCUAGCUUUCUGGACACUAACAGUUUGAGUUUCAGUCAAGCUAUGCUGAAAUGAAUAAAGUAUUUGGUAUUAAUUUCCCAGCAGCAAUGACACUGCUAAGGAUAAAAACACAACAUGUAUUUGAAGGUAUCCUGCCCUGUUUGUAAAACUUGUCAGAUUUUGAGUUUUUGUAUUACAGCUGAAGAGAUUGAUGUAUAUGAAACAUAAUAAAUGGAGAAGACUGAGCUCUCUUCCACUACUUA